UUUGUUAAAGAUUUUGAAUAUAAUUUACAGUAGAGAUGCAAGAAAAACCCUUUGUUAUUGAAAUCAUUUUAUUCUUUUUCUCUUUGCUUUGAAAAUUGACAUUGUUUUUUAAAAUCCCAAAUGUAUCAACACAACAAACGGAAGUGACCUCUUAAAAUGGCGUAAGUUUGUCUACAGAGACAACGUAAAAUACAGUUUGUUUAGGAAUGCGCUACAAAAGCUGUCAUUGAUACUUUAUUUUGUGCAUUCUACUAAAAGUGAAUGUUGCAGACAGAUGAGAGGAACAUGUGAUGUCCUCAUGUUGAUGGAUUGUCCAGGACACAACUCAGAGCUCUGACUUUGCCCUGCGUCUCGCAGCAGCCUCCCCCAGAGCAGUACAGACUGACGAAUCCCACUGAGACACUGAUCCGAGUCAGUUAUUUGGAAAUGGAUACGUUAAUAGCAGGAGACACUUCAUCAUGUGGAACGUACGUUUGAUGGUAUGGGGAUAGAAUACGUCAUGAAAAUGAUGUCGGUAUUGCUGUCUGCAAUUUAGGCCAGUUUGAAUGGACUAAUGCUACUCUUCAGUGCGAGCUGAAAUGUACUUCUUCACUGACUUCUAAUGGGAAACCUUAUUAGGGUAAAGAUCCUGAUUCAGUUGUCAGCAGUUUGAAACAUUUUGAGCUUUUUGGUUUGUCUGUUAUUGAAUAACAUUGAAUCUGAAUGGUGCAAAAUCUUGUUGCACUGCUUCAAGAGACCUAUAUUCUUUGAAGAGUCUUCUAGUUGAAUGUGCGUUUGCACAGGGAAGAAUGCUGGAUGCCCUGUACUCUGCUUGUGGUACUGUUGCGGCGGGUGUGCACAUGGUCAGGGAUGCUGUCAAGUACGUCUUUCAGGUCAACUAUGAGGUGGUGGCUGCCUUUGUGCAGAUGGUGUCCAUUGUUGUGACCACUGUUCUGUCCGUCGUCCGGGCAGUAAAAUCAUAUUUUGUGUCAAGUUUUGUCUGCAUUGCUGAUUUUGUUGUGGAAGUGUAUGAUGUGAUUAGCUCUGUUGUGUAUAGAUGUUGGAAGGCAUUGAUCAUCGCCCAUGACUUUUUUCAGUCAUUGUGCUCAUACAUUGCGGACACCUUUAUUUCAGGGUAUAACUUUGUUUAUUCCUUGUGUGCAGCUGUGAAGAGCUCCAUCAUGGCCGUAUGUGAAUUUGCAUCAGCCUCAGCUAACAGUGGCGUGAAUGCUUUCUGGGCCACUUUGUCUGCUUUUUUGUUAUUUGUCACAACUAUCGGGAAUUACUGUGUGAGUGUGGUAACAGGGGCCUGGCAUGGCUUAGGGUUUGUUCUUUCGUCUGUGGCGUAUUUCCCUGUUUACUCCAUGCAGUGUGUGGAAGAUGGAUGGAGAAAAGUGACAGAGACCCUCUACAGAAGCCUCACCUCGGCUAGCAAGGAGACCUAUUUGGGCAUCAUCAUUCUCUGUUUAGUCUACCUCACCUUCUCCAAUGCUGUGCGCUACUUCUUUUCCCAUGGCCUUUCUAUUUUUCCCAGACCCCUUCGGCGCCGUAGAAGGGGCAAUUCUGGAUGGCAUAUUGACCGGAACUUUGAGAGUGAUUAUGAAGACCUGUUUGGCUCUGACAAUGAUGAAAGGGGGUGGUUGGCAAGCACGAGAGGUGAAGAUGACGAUGAUAAUAAUGAUGAGGACCAAAGUGAUAGUGAUUCCGACAUUGACAACACGAACGAUAGGGACGGAACAGGAAUUGUUUCUGAGGUAUCAGAUGAUGAUGACGAAGGUGAUGAUGAAUCUGAUGAAUAUACCAUCAUAACGGAGGAGGAGGAGGACUCUGACAGCGAUGCAUCUUUGAACUCGCAAACAUUUUCCACUGAGUCGAGCGACCACGAGAUUGACGUUCAACUACCAACAGUCGACGAAAGCUACAGCUUACGAAGCCGAGCUGCUACCCCAUCGCGGGCUCCGAAAGCUGUAAGCAGCCCGGAGGAUUUUGACAGAGAAAUGGAGAGAGAGAGGGACAAGCGCAAAUGUGUUGUGUGUCAGGACCAAAUCAAAUCUGUGCUUGUGAUGCCGUGUCGACACAUGUGUAUGUGCGUCCUGUGUGCUGAUCAAAUUGUCCGUUCGAGAGUGUCCAACAGACGUGUGUGUCCUUUGUGUCGCACGAAAAUCCAAAAAGUAAUGAAUGUGUACGUAUGAACAAAGGUGUUGUCAAAAUAUAUACAGCAAUCCAAAGUGCAACUGCUAAAGCUGUGUGAUCUACUAAUCAGUAAUAUCUAACCUGGACACCCUGAUUUCUGCUCCACAACAGCAGGUCAAGUGAAGCAAAGUGGUCCAUAUUUAUUUCUCACCUCAGGUUUCCGUAUAUUUGCAGUAGAUAUUUGAUAGACCAUCAAGUUAAUGAAUGGGAUCAUUGUCAUAUUUACGUGUCUAGUAGAAAGUGCAUAGAUAUGAAUGAGUGUGGUUUAUUUUUUAAGUUAUUUGUUUGUCUAAUGACCUCCCGACUCAUUAAUAUGUUUGUAGGGAUGGCUGUAAUAAUCAAUGUAUUAGUUCAUCUUUUCCUCUGUCACAAAGAAGAGUGUGGAUAUUGAUAUUUGGGUCAUCUGUAAGCCGUUUUUAUUUCUUUAAAUUGGAGAAUUUUUGUUGUGUCUGAUAUUUUUUUGUUCAUUUCUAUAAUGUUUUGAACCCUGUUUCUUGGGCUAAUUGAUUGUGAAAACAACACAGCUCUUGAGUUCUUGUUUUGCUGGGUUUAAAGUGUUUAUUCCGAUUUGUAAGUUAAUAUCGGCUUUUUAGUAACUUAGUUUUCGAGAAUGUUCGGCUUGAAUCAUUUUUGUCUUAGCCCUUCUUUUACUCACUUAACUUAAUUAGAAAGCAAGUUUAAAAUUGUGUACAGGAAUUAUUUUCUUUGGAACCAAAUGUAUCUUAUAGUCACUGCUUUGCAUGACCUUGCUUUGGAAUUCAAGGCAGUCCAAUGCAUUUUGGUCCCAAAGGUUUCUUCCUGAGAGAAACAGGCCUUUAACUACAACAUAUGAAGUUGUGCCACCAAGAUAAUCAAAAAGUCAAUAACAAAGUGCCAUGAGUCUUGACCAAAACAUAUUUUCAGAAUUCAGAACCUGAAUUCCUUACUUGAUAACAAGUAUAGCACUGGGAAACUGGCUCCCUUGUUAGUCAAAAGAUGAUUCAUAUUAGAGGCAUAUUAUUGAAUUGCAUCAACAUACAUAUAUGGUUUUCAUGUUUGGAGGGCAGGAUUCACAUAGAUGAUGGUACUGGUGCUCAAAUCUGUUUCUUUUUUUUGUUGACUCGUGCAAGUUUUAUUUUCAAAAGGAUACUUCUAAGUUCUCCUGUACUUGUGAUAAGCUAUGGACUUGAACAGAGGAGCUUAUCAUUUAACAGCUCCAUGAAAAGUUUAGGAUUUAAGGACAGUUCGCAGAUGAAACUGUGAUCCAAUCUAGUAAGUAAGGGGCUCCCAUCCCAGUUUGUUAUUGCUCAAAGGAGGAAAGCAUUUAUUCAUUCAUCAGAUUGUGAGGUAGACUAAAAGUGAUGCUUGAUACUUGACGUGUUUUAUAGUUUUGUGUCAGUGUUUGUUAAAUAUUCAAGCAAAUUCAUGUGAUUUCCUUACGUUACAUCGUAUUGUGGAUUGUUUUUGGGGGCAUGUCUGUGUCAUGUGAUUGCUCCCCCCUCCCAUCCCCUCCCCCACUCAGAUUUUCACCAGACUGAAGUAAAUCAAUUAUUAAUACUGAGGUGACAAUGAGUUGAGUGAGCUGCACUUUGAGGAGAGUAUGUAAUGCACUUGUAUUUUGAUGUUCCAUUAUAAUUAAUAUCUAUCAAAUGGUUAAGCUACAACCGGUGAUCAUCUUUAUGACUUGUUUUAAAGUUCUUUAAAAAAGGCUCUGAUCCAUCACCACAGACUAUUGUGUUUGUUCUGUUUGAUGAUGUCAUGUAUGGCAAAUGCUUGCCUGGAGGCUGAGGUUACCAUGAUCGCAAUUUUAUUUAGUUGUUAGAACUUACUUGAAAAAUGUAAAAGAGUACCUUUGUUCUAUAUAAGUCUUUUUUAGUAAAAACUUUUAGAGGCUUUCCUCUAAAUCUGGUGCCUUGAAUAUAUUUAUAAUAAUGUUAUAUCUUGAUGAGGGAUCAGUAUAAGCUUUGCUAUUUGAAUGUCCUAAUUUGGUACUCACUUAUUUGCUAGAGCAGUUAAUUAAAUUACCACCUGAAAAAGGAACAGUCACAGGCACAGUCAUGAUGAUAAUAAUCUUGGUGUGUGUUCAAACUGCCUUCAUGGGGUGUUUAAAUCUGGUAAUUGACUCUUAUCAGUUGUUCUCCUUUCAUACACCAGAUUUGACCAUGACUGUUUGUAAUUUAUGAUAGGAUGUUUGUGGUUUUUUAAAAUUAAGACUUCUCGUUUCUAAGAAGCAGCCUUUGUUUUCGUUCACCCACCGCAGUCUUGAUUUAAAAUGAGACUAAGACUUAAAAGUACUUUUUUUUUGCAUUUAAACUAACACAACAACAGCAUUAAUACCAUCACAAUCGUUUUCACCUUUACAAACAUUUUUAACACCCUUAUCACAUAUAGCACUGUCACCACUUGCGUUACUGCAACAGUCAGCCCCACCAUUGCCAUUACUCUAUUUGACAUUCACCUCUUCCUAGUAGUAUUGGUUAUCUCACUCAGCUUCCUCUCAUGCUACUUGCACAGAGAAAAACUGAAUGUGAUCCAGUGCAGUUUGUUGUUCCACUGACUUCUUUUGAUGGAGUUUUUUUUGUGUGUGUAUCCUAUUUCAAUUAUUUUAAAAACUUUUUUUUUUGAUGAUGUGGUUCGUAUUUUUCCACCUCUGUUAAAACUUGAAUCAAUCACACAAAAAGUUUAAUCUCACAUUUUAUGCAUGGCAAAUCUAUGUGUUUCUUUAUAAAAAUAAUUUACUUUUCUUGCAAUAAGAUGUAAUUGCUGCACUUAUAUGUUAGCUGUAAUUUAAAUUGAUUUCUUAUUUUCUUUAAGAGCUGUUCCAAGGAGAAAGUAAAUAAAAAGUAAUGUCUAAAAAAUUUGCAGAGUGCCAUGUAAAGAAAUAAGACAUUAUUUCAUGUGUGUACUUUUAUGGUUCACAUCGCAGCUCACUACAUCAGUGCAGAUAUACACACACAUCAACAGCUUUCUUCUAUUUGGAGUUGGAUACUGCAUGCCAACGAUGUUAAUUACAUAUUAUUUGACCAAUUUUACGGAACACAAAAAAAAAA